AUCGAAGACAUCCAGACACUAAAUCGUAGUAACCCGUCUUGAACAUUAUCCAGCUCGCAUCAAAUCCUUCACCUGAUCCCCAAAUCCACCCCAAUAUGUCAUCCCAGCUGGAACUUUCCUGGCCAGCGGAAUCGCAGCAUGUCAUCUUCCGAGAGCUCGGAACGCACUACACCCGUCAGGGUCGGUACCGAGUGGCUACCACCAACUUCAACAAAGCCGUCCAAGCCAAUCCGUAUGCCGUCGAUUGCUACUACCGGAAAAGCGUGGCCCAGUUCCGUAACUCGGACCUAAAGGACGCCCUCCAGAGCACCCGGGAUGGACUGGCAGUGGAACGGGACGAGCUGGAUCCCCGAGGGGAGGAUUUCCCGUGUUCACUGCAGGAAUGUCGAACGGACUUCGAACUGGGCCAGUUCGAGGAGCAUGUCAAGGUGACUUCAAACCGUAGCAAGCACUUCGAGGGCCACCGGCUGAACGAUAUGCAGGCGGAGUUGCGGUUGGCCUUCCGCAAUUACGAAAAUGUUCUGGGAAAGCGUGCUGGGCCUUGUCUGUAUCAGCAGAGGAAUAGGCUGAGGAUGAUCGAGGAAGACGGGCGAGGUAGGAUUGAGGGUCCUGACGGUAAGAAGGAGUGCGAUGUGGUGAGUGUAGUGGAGACGAUCGUAAAGGAACCUCACGUAAAGGAGGUCAAGAGGAAGGACAAAAAUUUGAGAAUGCUGGGUCAAGUCUACCUGAACCAAGGUUGGAAGGACUUGGAAUUUUUGAGUUCGCUGAGAAAGGGAGGAGCUUGGGAGAAGGUGGUGAAUCUUGCUGAAGCGAAAGAGAGCUCAAAGGUUUUGUCGGACACGGUUGACCGGUGCUAUGAUCGAGUUGCAGCAGGUCUACAAAGUCUUCAAGCGAGGACUCCAUUCUACACUUAUCGUAGAAAUCGAUUCGGAUCCAGUGAGAAGUCCGAUGCAUACUUGUUGGAUGACAUGUUCAAAAUUCGGUACAAAACCUACAGAGACGUCCACAACCAACUGGAUCGUAUGCAUGAGUUGCGUUCCCAAGGCCAGUUGAAUCAGCUACUGGCAUAUGUGAACGACGUCCUGUGGUAUUACUAUCAGACGAAGACGGAGCGAGUGUUCCCCGAUCGGUACAAGUUUGUGAACGAAGUUUGCAAUCUGGUUGGGUUGGCGAUCGUCGAGAGUUUCCAAAUUCCGCCGACGCUGAUGGACGAGCCGUUGAAGGACCGGUUGGCGAUUCUGUUCAAUCUGCACCCGACGAAGGAUGAGGACGACGUUGUGGUGCCGAUUUUCGGCGACAAGUCAACCUAUCGCGAUCCGGCGGCUCCGGAUUACGGCUACAUUGCUUACAAGAAUAAACUGACCGUCCUGGAGAAACGAAUUCCCUAUUCGAGUUACGCAAUUGAGAGAGCGUUCCUGUAUCACGAGAUGUGCCGGCACCAUCUGGAAGCGAGCAAGCUGGACGAAACCCGUAUCAUGGCUCGGAGAGUCAUCGAUGAAGCCGUCCAAAGCGGAAGCAACUUGUGGAAGUUUUUGGGAAUCUUAGCCAUCGUUAGAGCCGAUUGCGCACAGCUGAGUGUUGAGAAGCUGGCCGAUUCACUGGAUGAGGCUGGAGAGGCUGUAUUGGCGCUGGAAGACGAACGACUGGAUCAUGUGAUUCAGGUUGCGAGAAUUAUCAACAGCAAGCUAAUGGCCCAAAAGAUGGAACAGCGGACGUCACUUGAAAUCAAGCGUACACAACUAGAGUAGAAACAGUUUGAAAUUGUACUGCGUUUUAAAAUUCGCAUUGAAACCAAUAAACUUCUCAGAGGUCUCAAGUGGACUCUUCGAUCAAA